UUGACAUUUGCUUUACUUCGGCACAUUUGGGGUUAGUUUUACGCAAUUGCCUGUUUUUCAGCAAUUGGAGAAAAAAUUAAAGAAUUUUCUUGAAAAUCGCCUGAAAAUUAAGAAAAGUUUUUGAAGUGUUUUUCUCUUAAAGUCAACAUUACCAGCAUGUCUGCUUUAUAUGCCGCUCGUCACCUAACCGGUGUGACCUCUUCAGUUUUGGGAAGAUGUUCUACUGUGAGACGUUGCCUGAGCACUGCUCGCCUAGUGCGUGCUGCCCGUGGCUCUCCCUCGGCAGUAAUGCAAUUGAAUAAGCAUUUGAAUGCUCUUGCCCCAUUCUCUGCGGGCUUCCAACAAUUUGUUAGGGAAUAUGCUGCCGAAAAGAAGGUAUUUGAACGUACUAAGCCUCAUUGUAAUGUGGGUACCAUUGGCCAUGUGGAUCAUGGUAAAACUACCUUGACUGCUGCCAUUACUAAGGUCUUGGCCGACAAGCAACUGGCAGAGAGCAAGAAGUACAAUGAAAUCGACAAUGCCCCUGAGGAGAAGGCUCGUGGUAUUACCAUCAAUGUGGCCCAUGUGGAAUAUCAAACUGAGAAUCGCCAUUAUGGCCACACCGAUUGUCCCGGCCAUGCCGAUUACAUUAAGAACAUGAUUACUGGAACGGCCCAAAUGGAUGGCGCUAUUUUGGUGGUGGCUGCCACCGAUGGUGCUAUGCCCCAGACCAGAGAGCAUUUGUUGUUGGCCAAACAAAUUGGCAUCAAUCACAUUGUGGUCUUCAUCAACAAAGUGGAUGCUGCCGAUCAGGAAAUGGUGGAUUUGGUUGAAAUGGAAAUGCGUGAAUUGUUAACUGAAAUGGGCUAUGAUGGUGACAACAUUCCCGUCAUCAAAGGCUCUGCCCUAUGUGCUUUGGAAGGCAAGAGCCCCGAGAUUGGCUCAGAAGCUAUUUUGAAACUUUUGCAUGAAGUUGAUAAUUUCAUUCCCACACCGGCCCGUGAGUUGGACAAACCAUUCCUUUUGCCAGUAGAAAAUGUAUAUUCCAUUCCUGGCCGUGGUACUGUGGUAACUGGCCGUUUGGAGCGGGGUGUGGUCAAGAAGGGCAAUGAAUGCGAAUUUGUGGGCUACAACAAGGUGAUCAAGUCCACCGUUACUGGAGUGGAAAUGUUCCAUCAAAUUCUGGAUGAAGCCCAGGCUGGUGAUCAGUUGGGCGCUUUGGUGAGAGGUGUUAAGCGCGAUGACAUUAAGCGCGGCAUGGUUAUGUGCAAACCGGGCAGUGUUAAGGCUCUCGAUCAAUUGGAGGCCCAAGUAUACAUUCUGGCCAAGGAAGAGGGCGGCCGUUCCAAACCUUUCAUGUCUUUCAUUCAGUUGCAAAUGUUCUCCCGCACCUGGGAUUGUGCUGUGCAAGUACAAAUACCCGACAAAGAGAUGGUUAUGCCCGGCGAAGAUACCAAAUUGAUUUUGCGUCUAAUACGUCCCAUGGUCUUGGAGCAGGGUCAGCGCUUUACGUUGCGCGAUGGCAACUUAACUUUGGGCACCGGUGUAGUGACCAAGGUCUUGCCUCCUCUGAACGAAAACGAACGUGCCUCCUUGACGGAGGGCAAGAAGGCUCGCGAAAAGAAGUUGGCCGCUAAGAAAUAAGCUUAGUUUGUAUUUUGCAAUUACCUACGUAUAAGUUCUAUUUUUUAUUUUAACGCUUAAAAUCAUAUGCUCUUGCGAUUGUUUCAUUCAUUAUUUGUAAUUGGCUGAGAGAAAGCUUUAUGUACUUGUUUUUCAACAUUUUUAAGUUUUUCAGUUUGCACCAAAUCUGUUUUCUCCGGUUUUUUUUUUUUUUUGAUAAUGCCAGACCCUUAUUAUUUUUGGGACUUUAAAUAGAAUAUUUGAAUGAUAUGAAUGGAAAUUUGUUAAUCUUUAUAUCAGUUUUAUUCAUGUAUUUGUCUUGGAAUGAGAUUGUAUUAGCAAAA